GCUAAUGUCAGAGGUCCCCCUUUGGGGAGGCAUGCAUACUGCUUUAUGUGAUGAUGAUUAUCCUCGUCGUUGUGCGUGUGGUGAUGAUCAUUCAGGGUCGAUUCUGCAGUCAUCGUUCAAGUCACCUCCCCUCUCACCUUUUGGAAAUUAUAUCAGAGCUGACUGGCAUCUUCGACCCAAGUAUCCGCGCAAGCCACUCGUGACAUGCCAAGUGGCCAAUCAGGCGCUGCCAGAUCCAUCAGGAGCUGUCAGAAUUCCAUUCACUCCUAGUGCUUCAGCAAUAGGAGGAUUCGCCUUGGGUGCAAGAUUGUGGGCGCUGUGCUUCUACUUGACGACAGCGGUGAUAGGGUGCGGUCUAUUCGUCGUAAUGAUUGUGCUGUACCCCUUUGUGAUGGUGUUGGACCGCAAAUCCCGUCGGAUCUUUCAUUCAAUCAAUGCCUUGUGGGCGAACUUGACGGCACAAUGGUUCUACAAGACUGAGAUCUACGGCCUGGAGAAUCUUCCCGGUCCUGGCGAGCCUGCUGUGUAUGUGGCAAACCACCAAAGCUUUCUAGACAUCUACACCACUUUUCAACUUAACCGUCCAUUCAAGUUCAUCUCCAAGAGCACCAUUUUCCUCAUUCCAAUCAUUGGCUGGGCUAUGUAUCUGACAGGCCACGUGCCAUUGAAGCGAAUGGAUAACAAAAGCCAAGUGGAGUGCUUAAGGCGAUGCUAUGAACUGCUCACUGAACGAGUGCCCAUCUUUUUCUUCCCGGAAGGAACUCGGUCAAAAGAUGGAAAGUUGGGAAAGUUCAAGAAGGGAGCUUUCACACUUGCCGUGAAGGCCAAGGUUCCGGUCAUCCCCAUCACCCUUAUUGGGACAGGAGAGCUAAUGCCCAGUGGGAAGGAGAACACACUCAGACGUGGGACAGUGAAGAUGAUAGUCCAUCCGCCUAUUGUCGGCGAUGACGCUUUGGAGCUCUGCAACCAAGCAAGGGAGGUGAUCUCCACGACAUUGCUGGCCCACGAAGCAUUGACAUUGACCGAAGAAAUCCAUUCAUAAGACGCCGCCGUCGCCGCCGCUGCGGCCGCCGCCGCCGCCUUGAAGCACGCCUUCAUUCUUGUAACGGUUCUAUCUUUUUCUUCGGUCUGCUUGCUGGCAGAUCCUUUGUUAUAUCAGCCUUUUUUUUUCUUUGCCUGUUCAUUCUGAGGGCAUACUCGCACCAGGACUUUUUUUUAGUUAUUUAUGGACGCAAGUGUGGUCGGAUUCAUCCGGGCCCGGCUGCAAAUGCAGUCAGAUGCAUUUAAGAUAGAGCUGGUGUGCGUACGCCCUGAUUUCAGUAGACUGGUGGACCUACUGAACGAACGUUUUUGCUAGGGAUUUGCUGAUAGCACAAUUAUUCAAUAUUCAAUAUUUAUUACAUAUACUAUUUCAUAGGGAAGGUUUGGUGACGUCUCCUGGCUUUUUUUUUUUCACAAGAGGAGGACGGAGGUGGUUAAUUAUUAUUAUAGAGUAGUUCAAUCAUAGAAUGUGUUCGUCCCACAUCUACUGUGAUGGUCUGUUUGAGAGAGAGGAUCGGCUUUGUUCAUUCUUUUCCCUUUCUCUCUUUUUUUUUUUUUCCUGACACCGCUGCCGCUUCAAUUCACCCACACUGACGCAGUCAGUCAUGCUGUGCAAAAAAAUGCUAUAAAGAUUUCCAAAAAAUCAUUAAAAAUGUAAAUCACAAAUG